ACCUCUUCCUGAAGCACGAGGCAGGAAGUUACCUAGUACCUCUGGAGCCCUGUGGAGAAAGUGCUUUUUGCCGCAUUAGUGGCGGCUACAACUGGAGGUGGUUCGAGGGGACGAGAGACCUGGUCCCGCCGCAUCUAGGGGUGUUUUUCCAUCGCGGCACCACAGCCCCCUCCUCCACCCCCGAGCCCGGUGCUAUUUCCCGGGAUACUACUUCAGGUUUCUUUUCGGUGCUCUAAGGGGCACUUACCCGGGCAUCGCCUGGGACUCCAGCGGAGGGACUGGCUCCCCGCUUCAGCACCCCAGGCUGCAGUAAGAAGUAUUCUUGUAGCCCCUCGUCCUGCCCUCCUCCCUGAACCACCGAGGCCCUGGUCCAGAGCAGCAGCCUUGGACGUGGAACUACCUAAACGUAUCCAAAACGCUCAGCCCCGGCCCCCCACAGACUGGGCUCUGCAUCGUCUCUGAUAUGUCACCCACCGUCUCCCACAAGGACAGUAGUCGGCAACGGCGACCAGGGACUUUCAACCAUUCUUUGGAUAUGAAGAGUGGGCCUCUGCCACCGGGCGCCUGGGAUGGCAAUCAUCCGGACUCGGUAGGAGCGGAAGGGGACAGAGAAGCUCUUCUGCGGGAUGCGACUGGUGAAGUCUCAAAAGUCCCACAAAGUUGCAGGGCCGAACUAAGCAGCAUUCUGCUUCUACUCUUUCUUUACGUGCUUCAGGGCAUUCCACUGGGCCUAGCGGGAAGCAUCCCACUCAUUCUGCAAAGCAAAAAUGUUAGCUAUACAGACCAAGCUUUCUUCAGUUUUGUCUUUUGGCCUUUCAGUCUCAAAUUGCUCUGGGCCCCGUUGGUUGAUGCGGUCUACUUCAGGAACUUCGGUCGUCGCAAAUCUUGGCUUGUCCCUACACAGUACACACUGGGACUCUUCAUGAUAUAUUUAUCCACGCAGGUGGACCGUUUGCUCGGGAAUGUUGAUGGCAGAACCCCUGAUGUGGUUGCUCUCACUGUGACGUUCUUUUUGUUUGAAUUCCUGGCCGCGACUCAGGACAUCGCUGUGGAUGGCUGGGCGUUAACGAUGUUAUCCCGGGAAAAUGUGGGUUAUGCUUCUACUUGCAAUUCGGUGGGCCAGACAGCUGGCUACUUUUUGGGCAAUGUUUUGUUUUUGGCCCUUGAAUCUCCUGACUUUUGUAACAAAUAUUUGCGGUUUCAGCCGCAACCCAGGGGAAUCGUUACUCUUUCAGAUUUCCUUUUUUUCUGGGGAACUGUAUUUUUAAUAACAACAACUUUAGUUGCCCUUUUCAAAAAAGAAAACAAAGAAGUAUCACUAGUGAAAGAAGAAACACAAGGGAUUACGGAUACUUACAAGUUGCUUUUUGCGAUUAUAAAAAUGCCAGCAGUUCUGACAUUUUGCCUUUUGAUUCUAACUGCAAAGAUUGGUUUUUCAGCAGCAGAUGCAGUAACAGGACUGAAAUUGGUAGAAGAAGGAGUACCCAAAGAACAUUUAGCCUUAUUGGCAGUUCCAAUGGUUCCUUUGCAAAUAAUAUUGCCUCUGAUUAUCAGCAAAUACACUGCAGGUCCCCAGCCACUAAACAUAUUUUACAAAGCCAUGCCCUACAGAUUAUUGCUUGGAUUAGAAUAUGCCCUACUGGUUUGGUGGACUCCUAAAGUGGAACAUCAAGGGGGAUUCCCCAUAUAUUACUAUGUUACAGUGCUGCUGAGCUACGCUUUACAUCAGGUUACAUUGUACAGCAUGUAUGUUUCUAUAAUGGCGUUCAAUGCCAAGGUCAGUGAUCCACUUAUUGGAGGAACAUACAUGACCCUUUUAAAUACUGUAUCCAAUCUGGGAGGAAACUGGCCUUCAACAGUAGCUCUUUGGCUUGUGGAUCCUCUCACGGUAAAAGAGUGUGUUGGAGCAUCAAACCAGAAUUGUCGAACACCUGAUGCUAUUGAACUUUGCAAAAAACUUGGUGGCUCAUGUGUUACAGCACUGGAUGGAUAUUAUGUGGAGUCCAUUAUUUGUGUUUUCAUUGGAUUUGGUUGGUGGUUCUUUCUUGGUCCAAAAUUGAAAAAGUUACAGGAUGAAGGACCAUCUUCAUGGAAGUGCAAAAGGAGCAAUUAAUGCACACACUACUGGACAUUCUAGAAAGAUUGAAUUUUAGAGUGGGGAUUUUAUAAGUAAUGGAGGAUCAAUGGGUGGGAGAAAAUGGCACUCAGCAUCUCAAGAAAGACAGGAGCAGUGACCUCUAGACCUUAUACAUUGCCUGUGGAAAGCCUAUGCUAGGAGUUGAUAUCAGAUUCUGAAGAAUCACCUGGAAAAAUUCUCAUCCUAGAGGCAGAGAGGCCACACCAAGCCACAGACUACAAUACUUGGUCACACCAGGUUUUCAUUAUCGUGUAUUAUAAUCAGAAUGCUUAUUUGAAUAAAGAAAACAA